UAACAGGAAGUGGGCGGAGACUCUCUGAAGAGCACUCUUAGGCUAGGGACCAUCGUGGAAGUGAAAAGACCUUUCUUUUUAUCAACUUCAUUUGUCUUCCAAGUAUGGAGAAUUCUAGAGGCAAGGAGAGAACCGCCACAGGAUGGUCGAGGGAAGAAGAACAGUGGGCCUUAACUCAACCAAGCACAUCUUUACCAAGAACAUCAGAAAAGGAGGGGAACAAACGAAAAAGAUCUAUGAAAGAUGAUAAAGUUGCCUGUCCUAAGGAAAGGGGACAGUGUGAUGGCAACCCAAAACCUCGGAAGAAGGUACCAAUUCCUCCGUUACCUGUAGAUCUGCCACCCAUCGACCUGGUUCACAGAGACAUUUUGCGGGCCUGGGGUCAAAAGCUGAGGUUAAGCACUAAAGGCCCGAAAAUAGAUCUGUAUAAGCGACUAUGUGAAUAUGCUUACCCACACCAGAAGCCUUGUUUACAGGCUAUUCCCAGCACAGCAAAGGAGGUCAAGAUCAAAACAUCCUUACAAAUAAAAUCAAAGGUGGGCAAAGAGGAAACAUCCCAGGAAAGUGCUAAGAAAACAGUGUGUUCCGCGGGGACCGACCCCCCUGAAGUGGCUCCUCCACUCCAGGAGGGCGUACCUGUGCUCCUGGAGGACGUGAAUACAGUUGAGGUGACAACUUCUGCCCCAGAGGCUGUGCUGGCCUCUUGGGCCAGAAUUGUCGCUGGUGCUGGGAAGAGGAAGGCAGUGGAAACACCCCCAGAGGCCUCCGGUGACAGAUGGUGUGUGGUCCAUGGGAAAAGUCUCCCUGCAAACACACAUGGUUGGGUUCAGCUGCAGUUUCAUGCAGGACAAGCCUGGGUUCCUGAGAAGAAAAAAGGAAGAGUGAGUGCACUCUUCUUGCUUCCUGCAAGUAAUUUCCCACCCCCAUACCUGGAGGACAAUAUGCUGUGCCCCGAGUGUGUCCACAGGAAUAAAAUCUUAUCAAAAAGCCUUCAAUGGGACUAGAAUAUCAGGAUUUAAAGGACAUUUACAGCUUCUGCUUCCUUCUUUGACAUCAUCUAAGUUCUUGAGGAGUAGGGAGCCUGCGGAACCAUAGCCAUGACUGAUGAUGUAAAUUCAAGGCCCAUCCCCUCACAGACCUACCUCAUCAAGAACUACUGGUCACGUCACUACAAGCAACUUUGCAAAGGUACCUCUUGGGCCACCAACACCCUCAACAGGGGCAUCUCUGAGUCCAUUGUGAUGGUUGUGAGCAUCAAGCACCCGGAGAUCAUCCUGCACUUCCUGCUAUCAUGGGAAGACAAGACUGUGUCCGUUUGUGUUUGUGUACUCCAAACAGGCCUGUGGGGUCUCCCAUCUUGUGGUUCUUUUCUCUGUCACCAGCAAAGGAAGUUCAUAGCUGAAGCAGUGGUUUCCUGUCCAUUCAGCAAAUAGUCCACGAGAGCAUAUAGGCUCUUGAGCUCAACCUGUUGCCUCUUCGUAAUUCUGCCUACUGAGAUCAUGCGUCAUAUUGUCUGGGUUAGCAUGCAGCGUUACUCAACUGCUUUCCAUUAGAAAACUAAAUCCAGCUUGUAGAUUCUGUUUUGUUUCACAGGAUUGUUUAUCCCCUUCAGCCCUUUCACCCUCUCUUUGUGUGAGCAAUAGUGCCUAGAACAGACAGGGGCCAAGUGGUGACAGAAGAGCCAAAAGAACUGAGUCAGGAUCAGGACAGAGAUCUCUUUCUAGCUUUCACCUGCCAACUUCCUACUAUGUGUCAGGUAUGAUGACAGUAAACAAUGGCCACUGUGCAUCCUGGCAUUCAGAAUUAUUUCAUACAUGUUAACAUGACUAACGAGUUUCUUUGCUCUCUGAGGGAUUAUGCAUCAUUUGGGGAGAAAGCUCGUGUUCUGCUAUGUUGUCUGGUUAUACCCAAGGUCAUUUACUAAUGUUCCCUGCUGCUUGAUUCUGCUAAUGUGAUGUGUUCUUUCUCCAGACCCCACUCCUCCUCUCCCUCCUGUGCUCCCAGAAUACUUUCAGAAGGAAGAGAGACAAAUAAUUAAAUCUAUUUUUUAAAAAGGAUUUAUUUAUUAUUUGGGGCCAGCACUGUGGCAUAGCUGGUAAAGCUACUACUUAACAGCACCAGUGUCGCAUAUGGGCAUUGGUUCAAGUCCUGGCUGCUCCACUUCUGAUCCAGCUCCCUGACAAUGAACCUGGGAAAACAGUGGAUGAUGGCUCAAGUACUUGGGCUCCUGCACCCAUGUAGGAGACCCAGAAGAAACUCCUGGUUCCUGGCUUCAGGACGCCCCAGCUCUGGCUGUUUUAGCCAUCUGGAAAGUGAACCAGAGGAUGGAAGGUCUCUCUCCGCAGCCCCCCUCUCCCCGUAACUCUGUCUUCAAAUAAAUAAAUAAAACCAGAAGUUAGGAGCCUCUGUGGGUCUCGUGGUUGCAGCAGCUCAAGCACUUGUGCUACCUUCUGCUGCUUUUCCAGGCCAUUAGCAGGGAGGUGGGACAGGAGUGAAGCAUCCGAGACUCUAGCCAGUGCCCAUGUGGGAUGCUGGCGUCACAUGCAGCAGCUUCACCUGCUAUGCUACAAUGCCCACCCCCAAAUAAUUGGAUUCGAUUACUUUUGCCCCAGAUGAGUUCCAUGGCAGAGGGAGGAUAGGGUAUGAUGAUUGAGCUGCUGUGGGGGAGCCCAGAGAAGAUCUGCAUUCAUUCCCCAUCUGAAUGCUAAAGUCACAACCAUGCAGAUAGGUCUGGGCCCACAGCUAUGUGUGGUGUGAACAACAUGUGAAAUAUAAUAGGAACAAUAGAAAUCUGGAGCCAGAACUUCAAAUUUUCCUUGGUUCCAGAAAGGAAUGGAAGACUCCAUGAGCAGAUUCUAAAGUAACUGAGCUGAAGACAGGUUUAGCAAGAUAUCAUUGGUAGAGGCAAAAGGGUCUGUAAAAAAGAAAAACAGUGAACUCCUUGACAGGAAUCAAAGGUGGAUGUGACACAUCUCCUGAGGAGGGAUAAAGGGACAUUUUUAAAUUCCAAUUUAUUACAGUGGCAUUAAUUUACCAAAAAAUGUUCCAUAUAAAUUUCUGUAUGUUAACAAGUUAGAGCUUACAGAUAAAAGUUGAAAUUUGGCAUCUUAAUUAUGUAUACCUAGUACCAGAAGGAACGGUAAACAUUGAAAUGUGUUUGGCAUGAUGCAACGGGAAGUCAAACAUCACUGGUCAUGUGAGUCUAAUCACAGGGAAGCAAUAGGUCCUGAUGACACUAACUAUCUCUCUACAGUCAUUAAGUAACCUUAAUACUCAGAUGUACUCUUUUCCCCAUUUCUAAUAAGCAUAUCUUUACAAAAUAAAUUAUGCUUCACCAUUAAGACAAUUUGUCUACUCCUAAUAUACUCACAUUAUGAAGUGAGCCUUGUUUGGGUAGUAGUUUCUUGAGCAUAUCUAUAUGUAAAAAUCACAGAGCUAUGCACUUAAGAUGUGUGUAUCUUUUAAAGAAGUGGAGCAAGCCAGAUCUCGAACCAGAGCCCAUUUGGGAUGCCAGUACUGCAGGUGGCAGGUUUACCCACUAUGCCACAGCACUGGCCCCUUAGAAUAUUCAAACCUAAAUGUUGUUACACAUGUGUUUAUUCUGUAUCUAAUUAGCUAGUUGGGUUUUUUUUUUUUGUAAUAUUUGUAAUAUAUACAUAGUUCUAUAUAACCCCAAUAAUUAUCAUAAUCAAGAACUUUGUAAAACAUUAAUUUGAGGGAAGCCAGUGCUGUGGCACAGCAGGUUAAAGCCCUGGCCUGAAGCACCGCAUCCCAUAUGAGCACCAGUUCUAGUCCCAGCUGCUCCUCUUCGGAUUGAGCUCUCUGCUGUGGCCUGGGAAUGCACUAGAAGAUGACCCAAGUCCUUGGGCCCCUGCACCUGUGUGAGAGACCUGGAAGAAGCUCCUGGCUCCUGGCUUUGGAUCGUCGCAGCUCCGGCUGUUGCGACCAUCUGGGGAAUGAACCAGCAGAUGAAAGACCUCUCUCUCUGUCUCUACCUCUUUCUGUAUCUCUGUCUUUCAAAUAAAUAAAAUAAAUCUUAAUAAAAAAAAUUUGAGGUGUCGGUGUUGUAGUGCAGCAAGUUAAGCCUCUGCCUGCCUGCGACUCCAGCAUCCCAUAUGGGUGCUGGUUCAAGUGCCAGCAGUUCCACUUCUGAUCCAACUCCCUGCUAAUGUACCUGAGAAAGCAGUAGAAAAUGUCCCAAGUGUUUGGGCCCCUGCACCAAGUGGGAGUCCUGGCAGAAACUUCUGGCUGUUAGCAUUCAAUGGGCCCAGUCUUGUUGCGGACAUUUAGGGAGUGAACCAGCGAAUGAAAGACCUAUCUCUCUCUCUCUCUGCGCCUCACCUCUAUAGUAAAUAUUUAAAAAAAAAAAAGAUUAUAAGUAAAACUUGCAAAGAUAUUUUCAUAUGUGAAAAGAUCAUUUUUGAAACAUGAUAUUUUAUCCCUCUUGGACACUCUGGUUUCCAAUAUAUCUUUAAAAAACCCCAUGUUUGGCAUGGUUAAGCAUAGCUGGUACAUAAUGAAUACUUAUACAACGAAUGAAUGAAAGGUUUAGAAUGAAAAAAACAAUUCAUGUUUCUAAACAGAUUUGUGUGUUUAUUUGUAGGACAGACUGACGACACAAAGAGAAAGAUUUUCUAUCCUCUAGUUCAUGCCCCAGAUGGCCUCAACAGCUGGGGCUACGUCUAGGUCAGGCAGAAGUCAGGAGCCCCAACUGGCUCCAACUGGUGGAUCAGAGGCCUAAACACCUGGGGCAGCUUCUGAAGCUUUUCCAGACACAUUAGCAGGGAGCUGGAUUGGAAGUGGAGCGCAGUGCCAUGUGGGAUGCCAGCGCUGCAGGCAGUUGGUUAAACACUGCACCACAGAACUGGCCUCAGCAAAUUUUACUUCUGGGCAGCAAUGUUUGUCUCUCCUCACUAUUUUAUAUGAAGCCCAAAGAUGGUAGUACAAUCACUAUUUCAACUGCCAUUUCUUAUCUGUAGGAUAGAUAACAUUGUUUGAAGGAUAGAACUACCUAUAGUGAGGGAAAACAAGAAGCUAGGGGAGACACAAAAAUGAAGGAACUGGGAUGGGAAGACUUAAUGAGGACUAACUUGGUCAUUAUCUUUCAUUUAGACCAGAAUGGCAUGGGGAGGCAAAUAGUUCUUGAAGGUGUUAUUUCUCUCAAGUGAGUCCAUCACCUAAUAGAAAAUUUCCCUGAGAGAAACUUGGACUAACAUUAGACUGAAGAAUACGAAUUGAACUUAAAACAAUGAGGAAAAGGGACAUCACAGCCUGUAGGAAGGGCCUGUGGAGAUUUGAGCUGAAUAGCAAACUGGAAGGCCAAUAUGUUCAGAGCCAGGGAACAUAGAUUAUCAAACAAGAGUGGAAAGCAAUGGAGUCCCAGACAAUGCAAGGUUUUUGUUUUGUCUUUAUCUUAAAAAGCAUUGGGAAGCCAUUAGGAGUUAAGGGACUGGGCUUAAAUGUCAAAUUUGUAUUUUGAAAAGAUUCCUUGCCUCAAAUGCAGAGAAACAGCCAGAGGACAGAUGUUGUGUAUUCUGAGACCAGUUAGGAAACAUUUGUUUUUGGCGAAAGAUGCUCAUUUGGGCUCUGGUGAGUGGUGGGAAUGGAGGUGAGAUUGGCAGGCAUCAGUAAUGGCCUAGGUAUUGAAGGUGAGAUAACUCAAAAAGUAAAGAAAAGGGUGAGCCUCAAGUGGAUACUUAUCAAUAAAUUAUCAUUUCCCCUUGUUCAUUUUCUAAAUUUUUUUUUUCAAGAUGUAUUUCUCUAUUUGAAAGUCAGAGUUACACAGAGAGGAGAGGCAGAGAGAGAGAGGUCUUCCAUCCUAUGGUUCACUCCCCAAUUGACCGCAACGGCUAGAGCUAUGCCAAUCUGAAGUCAGGAGCCAGGAGCUUCUUCCGGGUCUCCCACAUGGGUGCAGGGGCCCAAGGACUUAGGCCAUCUCCUAUUUCUAUCCCAGGCCAUAGCAGAGAGCUGGAUUGGGAUUGGAGCAGCCAGGACUCAAACCAGCACCCAUAUGGGAUGUCGGUGCUUCAGGUCAGAGUGUUAACCCACUGAGCCACAACACCACACCGCCCCCUACUUUGUUUUUUCUUAUUUCAUUUAUUUGAAAGGCAGAGAACCAGAGAUCUCUCAUGUGCUAGUUUAUUCCCCAAAUGCCCACAAAGCCAGAGAUGGAUGAGAGUGAAGUCAGGAGCCAGGAACUCAAGAGUAAAUCUCCCCAGUGGUGGCAGUGAUCCUAUGUACUGUCUCAGGGUGUUCAUUAACAGGAAGCCGGAAAUUAGAGUGGAUCCGGGGCUUGGACCCAGGCCCUCCCAUAUGAGAUGCAGGUGUCCCAAGCGCUACUUUAACUGCUGUGCCACAAGUCUGCAUUUCUUGUUCACUUUUAUAUUCUCUAUCAUCUCUUAUCAAAACCUUCUGAGAAGCAUACAAGAGGACAAUCCAUGUCUCUACAGUAAAUAAGAUGACAUUUCUGAUAACCAUUUUGCUUGUUUCCUAUUCAUUAUAAUGUAAGAAUAGGUGGUUUAUAAACUGUGGCAAUGGUUUUCAUGUAGUCAUCGAAUCAGCAGGAUCCACAUUAACCUGAAACUUGCUAGAAAUGCAAAAUUGUGGGCUCUGCCUCAAACCUUCUGAAUCUGAAGCAAUGGUGAUGGGAGCCAGCAAUGUAAGGUUAUUAAGCCCUGCAUGUGAGCCUGAUACAUAACAGACUAUGAGAACUGUCGACCUAUUUUUUUAGAAAAUGUUUUUUAAUAUUUUAUCAUCUCUUUGCAUUUAUAACAAUUCACUUCAACAAUCACAGAAUUCUUCCAGUGACACAAACCGUGUUGCAAAUGAAAGCUGGUAGUGAUGCUUAUCAAAGUACACAAGAAAAUUGAUGUUAAAUAUAAAAACACUUUAUAUGUUAACUUGUUACCAAAACCUUUCUUUUUUUGCAGCCUGGCAACCAUCGACCUUUUUUUUUUUUAAGAUUUAUUUAUUUAUAUAAAAGUCAGAGUUGGGGCCAGCACCGGGGCCCAGUAUGUUAAUCCUCCGCCUGCGGCAUCAACAUCCCAUAUGAGCGCCGGUUCUAGUCCUGGCUGUUCCUCUUCCAAUCCAGCUCUGCUGUGGCCUGGGAAAGCAGUAGAAGAUGGCCCAAGGACUUUGGCCCCUGCACUCACAUGGGAGAGUGGGAAGAAGCACCUGGCUCCUGGAUUAGGAUCGGCACAGCUCCAGCCAUUGCAGCCAUUUGGGGAGUGAAUCAGCAGAAGGAAGACAUUUCUCUCUCACUGUCAGUAACUCUACCUCUCAAAUAAAUUAAAAAAAAAUCAGAGUUACACACAGAGAGAAGGAGGGGCAGAGAGAGAGGUCCUCCAUCCUCUGGUUUAUUCCCCAGAUGGCCGCAAUGGCUGGAGCUGCUUAUUUAUUUAUUUGAAAGGCAGAGUGACAGAGAAAUCAUCUGUCUGCUAAUUAACCCCAAAUGCCAACGAUAGGGUGGGUUAGGCCAGAACCAACAACCCAGAACUCCACAUGAGUGGCAGGGAUCCAAGUUCUUGGGCCCCCACUCACCUUUCCAGGGUGCUUAGCAGGCAGCUGGAUUGUAAGUGAAGGCAGGACUCCACCUGACUCAGCUUGUGGGCCUAGCAAGAGGUGGCCUGACCACUGAACCACAACGCAUGCCCCUUAUUUGAUUUUUUUUUUAACUACAGAAUUCUUCACAAAUUUGCAUAUCAUCCUUGGCAGGGGCCAUGCUAAUCUUCUCUAUAUCAUUCCAAUUUUAGUAUAUGUGCUGCCGAAGCAAGCACCCCUUAUUUGAUUUUUAAGAUGAAGACAACAACUCGCCCUCACAAAGCUGCUGGAUUUUAAAAAGUAACAAAAACAAAAUAAUUAUUAUAGCACUAGAAAAGUACUAGGUACUCGACCAAGAGUAAUUGAGUAAUUGCUCUAGCUCCUAUUAUGUAUUGUCUCUGACUUUCCUGCACAAAGGUGAUCCAUAAUUACCUACCGUGUAUUAGUCAUUUCAAUGGCUGCUGUGUGGCUUUUGGGAUUUAUUUAAUCUCUCUAACAUUAGAUUUAUUGAAGUAUAAUUUACAUACUGUACAAGUUACCCCUUUUAAUAUAUAAUCCUAUUAGUUUUGAAAAAUGCAUGUGGUUAUGUUAGUGCCAUCACAAGGUGUAGACCAUUUCCUUCCUAUAGGAAAUUCUUUCUUCUUCCUUGUUGGUAGUAAAUUAUUCUCCAGCUCCCGACAAUCAAGGUUCUAUUUUCUUGGCCAAUGUGGUUCAGCAAAUUAAGCCACCAGUUAGGACACCAGCAUUGCAUAUCAGUGUGCUUGUUCAAGUCCUGGCUGCUCCACUUUUAAGAGCAGUACAUGAUGGCCUGAGUGCUUGGGUUCCUGCCACCCACACGGAAGACGCAGAUGGAGUUCCUUGCUCCUGACUUUGGCCUAAGGCAGUAUAAGCUGUCAGGUUUUUGGGGAGUCAAUCAUUAGAUGGAAGAUCUCUUUCUCUGCCUUUCCCUAUCUCCCUGUCACUCUGCCUUUAGUAUAUAUAAAUAGGGGCCUACACUGUGGCAUGGCUGGUAAAGCUACCACUUGCAGUGUCCACAUCUCAUAUGGGCACUGGUUCAAGUCCCAGCUGCUCCACUUCUGACCCAGCUCUCUGCUAUAGCCUGGGAAAACAGUGGGAAAUGGCCCAAGUGCUUGGGCCCCUACACCCACAUGGGAGACCUGGAAGUUCCUGGCUCCUGGCUUGGAUGGCCCAGCUCUGGCCAUUGAAGCCAUUUGAGGAGUAAAUCAGCUGAAGGAAGACUUCUCUCUCUCUCUGCCUCUGUGCUUCUGUAAUCCUGCCUUUCAAAUAAAUAAAUAAAUCUUAAAAAAAAAAAGAAGCCAAUUAUUAUUUUUAAAUAAUCAAAUAUUUGUAAUUUUUUUCUUUGACUGAAGAAACUUUUCCAAACCAACUAUGCUAUUUGGUAUUUUCAUCAAAAGUGUGAGAUUCAGUUGCUUUACAUAAUUGCCAGCACUUUGUGUGAUCAGUCUUCAAUUUUACCUGUUCUAACAGAUGCAUAGUUGUGUCUUAUUGUGAUGUGAAUUUGUCCUCCUAUUUUCUUUGUAGUCAGAACCCAACUUUAUUAUUACAACCUAUUUUAUUUUUAAGGGAAAGGGUUUAUUGGGGAAUACCCAACAGACGGAGUGAAGGGGCGGCGAAGGGAGAGAGAGAGUAUAAGAGAGAAACAGAGAGGAGAGGAGCUAGCAAGGAGAGAAGAGAGCAGAGAGAGGAGCCGAGAUUGAGAGAGAGAGAGAGCGCGAGCGCCAAGAGCCCAGAGGAGGAGGCUAGAGAGAGGAACCGAGAGCGCAUGAGAGAAGGGCCACGAGGUCGCUUGUUCAGGAACAGGCCCUUUUAAAACUUUGCCUGAGGGCAGGCAGGGAAGCUGGAGCAGUGAAUCCCAUUAGGAUGGGGGUGGAGCCUGGCUCAGGUAGCUGGGCCUUGGGGCCACCUGGCUAAAACUGCGCCAUUUCCUAACAUUCCCCCCUUUUUUUAUAAAGCAGGAUUUGUAUGGGGUUACUUUAGUCCCAAAGUCCAGGAGGGGUAGAGGGACAAUGAUCUGUCUUUAGAGCUACUUCCUGCUGACAUGGGGCGAUGUCUCAAGCUGCUGUCUCCUGGGUGGGGAGCCGAGUAUAUCCCUGUAGCAGCAUUUGGUUUACUGCCUGGUUGCUGAAGGCCUUGGAUCCAUCCAUUAUCACCUGCUGUAAACACUUAAACAGACACUGUAGACAGCGUGAGAAUAGUAAUCAAUGAUCCUAAGAGUAGCAUUAACCAGGUAAUGAGAGGAUUUUAUAGAGGAGAGGAAAUGGGGGGGGGGGUGGUCUCUGGACCCUUGUGGGGACAGUUUGAUGGAUGUGGCUUAAAGCUGUUUCCAGCCAAGACCGGAAGAAAGGCCACUUUUGCAGGUAGCUGGGUUUGUCUGUAGAGAAAUUCUGAACAAUCAUACAACAUUAAGGCAGGGAGAGGGCCAUGAGUACACACAGGUUGGGAGUAGAGCCAUUGGUGGUAGAGUAGAGGUUAUGAUUACAAAGGAAUGAGACCCAAAUGGGCAAGAAACAAAGGACAGUCAUUAUUAGAGAACCUAAGAAAGGUGCUAUCUGAGCUACAAUUAAGUUUUCUGAUUGAACAACCAAUUUUAAAUACAGAAAAUAAAUCUAUUCAAAAAGAUGCAUUCCUUCAUUUAAUCAAUGGUAAAAAGCCUUAUUAAAUAGAAAGAUAGCCUAAACAUCAUUUAUAUUUAGACAGGAACGCAGUUCAUUAAAAAUGUCUCCUCAGUGUCUUGUGGAGUGUCUGUUAAUGUAUUUCCCCAUUUUUGAUUAGGUUAUUUGUUUUACUAUUGACUUUUGAAAGUUAUUUACAUAUAAAUUUAGAAUCAGCAUGUGACUUUUCAUACACAAAAAAAAUCCUACAGAGAUUUUCAUAGGUUUUCUGGUUACAGGAAUAAGAACCACAGUAGCAUUUUUAAAGGCCCAACAGGAUAGAAUAACUUGAAGAAAGUGAUAUUUAGCAUUGUGUUUUUAUGUGAUACAUGUGGGAGCAGAAGGGUAUUGGUACAUUUCCUCAUUCAUCAUAAAGAUCACAGCCUGUACUCCUAUAAUAAAAGGCA